GUGAGAAUUCCUUCUGUUUGUAAGUUACCUGUUAACGGACUGGUGGAAUUUGGAGAACAUAGCGUACAUGUGCAUUAUUUUCACCAACCUUCAUGCGUAAUUUGGAAAUACAAUACCACGAAACUGUUCUUCAGAACAAUAGGCCGUUGACUGCCCGUUUUUAAACAAGGGGAGAAAAAGAAAUAUAGUUGGACAUUUUUUAGCGACGAACAGGAGGUAAUAAAUAGUUGGACUUCUGAAGCAUCUCAGAAGGUUGUGAAAAGGAGUCCUGGGCCUGUUUUUCUCUUGGCUGAGAAAAGAUGGCAGAGAAGAAGAAGGGAGGUCCAGGCAUGACCCUCUGUAAUCCGUGUCGCGUGGCUGUGGGCGUCGGCGUGACGGUUAUGCUACUGGGGGGCAUCAGCGUGGCUAUCUGGGCCUUAGUGACAUAUCUGAGCAAGGCAGAAGACACAGGGUUGUACGAUGUUCAGGUGAGCGCAGCAGACAAGCGUCUAAGGGUGUUUGACUCCACUCAACGCAGGUGGAGACACAUCUGUUCCUCCAGUGCCGAUCAGCUCCUGGCCUCCAUCAGCUGUGAAGAGAUGGGUUUCGUCAGGGUGGUAAACUUCUCCAGCAUCCAACAAAGCAAUGACCACGAAUUCUUCUGUGUCAAAGAAAAUGAGCUAACCUUCGGCAAAAAGAUAUCAACAGUACUUUACCCAUGUGAGUGUGAAAGUGGAGAGAUUCUUGCAUUGACCUGCCAAGAGUGUGGUCGUCGGAGCGUAACUGAGGAGCGUAUAGUGGGGGGGCUGAAUGCCAGGCAGGGCCGCUGGCCGUGGCAGGUCAGUCUGCAGUAUGACGGCGUGCACCAGUGCGGAGGAUCCAUCAUAUCCGACCGCUGGAUAGUCAGCGCUGCUCACUGCUUCCCUGAGCGAUACCGUAACGUGGUGAGGUGGAGGGUGCUCCUUGGCUCCAUCUACAACAACCCCACGCAUAAGAACGUGGUGAUCGCCGAGGUGCAGACGGUGGUCUAUCACAGCAGCUACCUGCCCUUCGUAGACCCCAACGUGGACGACAACAGCAGAGACAUCGCCGUGCUGGCUCUCACCACCCCUCUGCAGUUCACCGAUUACGUGCAGCCAGUGUGCCUGCCUGCCCAUGGACAGAGGCUGGUGGACGGGCAGAUGGGCUAUGUGACUGGCUGGGGCAACACGGGAUACUACGGAGCUCUUGCCAACAUUCUACAAGAAGCCAGUGUUCCGAUCAUCAAUGACGCUGUCUGCAACGCCCCCGAUUACUAUGACAACCAGAUCACCACCAGCAUGUUCUGUGCGGGAUUUGAAAAGGGCGCGAUCGAUGCAUGCCAGGGAGACAGCGGUGGUCCGUUUGUGGCCGAGGACUGCCUAUCCAAGACCAGUCGCUACCGCUUGCUGGGCGUGGUGAGCUGGGGCACGGGCUGUGCCAUGGCCAAGAAGCCCGGAGUCUACACCAGAGUGUCUCGCUUCCUGCCGUGGAUAUCCACCGCUAUGAGGACCUAUGAAGGCAAUCCUGGAGUGCAUAAGAUGGCUCGGACGUCAUGAACUGUCUUUGGGACACAGCCCAUGAGAUGAAGGAAAGAAACACAAUAUCUUCUUGUUCUUGAAUGUUCCUAAAGGCCUUUUGUGGAUGUCACAUAUCAAUCCUGUCUUUGGGUCCUGAUCCCUAACUGGAUUGAUGCUUGAAUGUCAAAAAAAAAUCAUCACAAAAUAAGGAUUUAUGAGAAAUCUAUUAGUGCUACUUCGACACCAAAGAGUGGGAAAGAACAGGAUGUAUGGGGAUCGAUCGCACAUUUCAAAUUAAGAGCCUGCUUGCUUGCAUUCUGUUUGGUUUGCAGAUUGUGAAGACAUUUUGUACGAUGAAUGAGUCAUGCCAAGUCAUUCACAGACUUGUUGGUUUUUAUUGUAGCAAUGAGAAUAUGAUGUAUUUAUAGUAUGUAUGUGUUGCCUUUAUGUUGUGUUGCCUAUACAUUAGAGUAAAUCAUGACUUUCACAAUCUCUCAGAAAGAAAUAACCAUAAUUGUGCAUUAGACAAUUCAAGAAGGACUUAUGACUUGAUGACUUAAUGUUAAGGGGAAUACCUUUGGAAAGACAACGGAACUUCUAAUGUCUUAAUGUUUUUUUGCUAGCAUGCAAAGUUAUGCUCCCUUCUGUAAAAACAGACCAUUGGUUUGGGGUGGGGCACUGGAGUGGGUGAGCGCAGUUUAGGGACAAUUAUACUGAAAGGACAGACAUUCUGUUUACAUUACAGUUGGAGCCACUGAUUUUGUGCCGUCUUCUCUUGACUGCACCAUGAUUGUUGCCAGGCCACGCCCUCCUAGUGACGCAACACCUCCGGCGUUGCUUCUAGUCAGGUCAAGAGCAAUGUAAAUAUCGUUUCUGAUCUCCACCCACUCCACCCCAGUCAACCAGUAGCAAACCUAGGGAGGUGGGUCAAGCUUGCCGUUUGAGAAACGUUCAUUGUUAUGCUCUUGGUCAGACCAAGUCUCGAAGAGAUUUGAAAGUUGAUGAUAAUCAGGCCACCAUGAUUGCUCCUUGCAAGGUCCAGCUCGAGACACAUUCGAAGUACAUAACGAAAGUUGCAUGGUAUGCGGAUAGAACGGGGGGGAAAAUAAGUGGCUCUAACUGUGUGAGCAUACAUUUGUGAAAGACAUGAAAUAAUUUCAAAACAUUUGGUAUCCAAAUGUUGCUUUGUCCCUCUGUGUUGAGAUUGCAAUGAAGCUCAAGUUAGGAAGACGUUACUGGCUCCAGUUUUGCAUUUCCUCCAUACGUAUGCCAAAGUCAUUACACAUCUGCCUCAAUAUACAGGUUUUUAUGCCAAAAAGUGCCAUUAACACACACAUAUCUGAGUACAAUAUCAGCAUACAUUAGCAUCACAACAUUAUGUCUGUUCAUGCCUGCACUGACGUACAGUAAAUACUGGUUGCAAGCUGGAGCCAUGAGCAUCUGUUGCCUAGCAGCAGAGGUGGCCACUGGGAGGGAGAUCAUGCAUUCCUUCUAUCUCCUCCUCACAGUUGACUUGAUCCAUCAGCGCUACCUUGUGGAAGAGUUGUGUUCAAUAUGCACAGAGAAAUGAAAGUGUGACUGUGUACCUGUGGGUAAAACUAUUUCUGUCAAGUGCAUUAUGUACAUACCAAAGUAUCCCUUUACCGCACAUCAUGUUGAUCUGCCACAAUAUAGAACCAUGUAAAAAAGUUAUUGGAAGCAUGAAAAGGUUCUCCAGGGAACCCUUAGGUCCUCCGCACACUGGUUCCGACAGCACUGCAGAGCACCUUCGGUUCCGACAAUUUCGAUUGCCCACGGACACUGCCGUAGAAAUGCUAUAAAUGGAAUGGUUAAUUUCAUCACAGCAGAACAUGGGUAAACAUUAGCGGCUCGAACAAAAUUGAACUUUGCCGUAAUUGGCAGCUGACAUCCUGGGACAUUGGCGCUGGUGUGUGGGGUUGUAUUGAAAGCAGUGGAAUUGAACGUUAGCAGAUCAGUGCUCUGCACUUUGUCGGAAACAGUGUACAGAGGCCCUUAGGGGCUCUUCACAGUGGCAAUUCAAGGGUUCCUCUUCAGUUCACCACUACGAAGGAACCCCUAAAGAGAGCCCUGGAAGCAUCCAUAUGUUAUCAGAGAACCUUUGGGGUCUCCCCCACAUGGCAACUGAAGUGUCUUCAAGGAACCUUUUAAUUUUCCAGCGGAAUAUGUUAUAGGACAUCGACUUCCUGAAACCAGAAUGUUCACCUCAGCUAAUUUGUCAAACUUGUCUUUUUAAAGCCACCCAAACCAUUAUGUUGCCAAAAAACAGAGAUUAGGCUCCAAAACAUAUGCGGGACUAUGCUGGAAGAUUUUUUUCUCUUUGUUUUUGUUUUGUUUUGCUUUUUUGAUUGUUUUUUUUGUCAAUAUGCUUCAUCAUGUGACAGUAUUUUCCAUGAACUAAGGGUUGGAAUUGAAGUAUGAGCAGUAUGAGGACAUUUUUCAAGCGACAAAGUUAAAAUUUCGUAAUCAGUAUUUUCUUUGCCUGUUCCUGAAUAUUGUACAUACACGUGUAGCUCUGUUGUGUAAUUAAUGAAGUCUUUUUCACA